AUGCAACCGAUGCAAUCGCUCGCUCUCUUGGUGCUCGCGCUCGCUCCUGGUCUCGCGUCGGCGCUUUCCAUCGGUUAGUGGACGAGAUUGCAUAAACCGAUCCGGUUGCAGAGCCUAUCACGCUCACUAGAUGUUGGUUUAACAAAUCCUUUGAAUUGCCUUCAUCCACACCUACUUUGGGCAAUUCGUUGUCGCAGCUUCUCCGUCGCUUUACACUUGCCAGGUAAGGAACUUGUUGGCCGGACCGACGGUCCUUUUGGAGUCGGUCACCGGCCAGUUACUGACCCCUCACAUAUAACCUACAUCACUUUGAUGCCUUGCUACACAGCUUACGGCCUACCAAACUACGUGCGUGAAUGGACCUUGCAACAUCCACUGUGCGUUGCACGGCCAGUGUCCUCAUCCACAGUCCCCUAUUCGGGCGCUGACGCGCCGGAAUGGCCUUGAACGAUCACAGUACGUGACGCGUCGUCGCAGCAAGACCUCUGGACCAAGACAAAUAUCUCUUCUGGAACGUACACUAUUUCUUGGGAGCCGAAUGUGGCCGCUGUUAGUCAUAUGAAUGCCAAGAGCUGGUUGAUCUCCGCUCCUUUUUCACUAACGAGAAACGAGCCCCGUACUUUUCCUCCUCGGGUGGGUUACUCCUGUUUCAGGGGACUAAAGUGA